CCGUUUUCAUCGUUGAAUUGAUCCUCAAAGUUCCUCUCAUGGCGACGACCGUCUCCGGCGUCUGUACUUCUUCCUCUUCAACAUUUAAGCCCGAUCGUCUUGUUGGGAAAACAACAGCAACCUCGUUUGCAUCCUCUCUUCGAUCCCUUCGCAAGGAUACUGUCCCCGCUCUGAACCGUUUGAAGCUCGUUGCUCGAUCUUCUGAUCGGAAUUUGAAUCCCAAGCCACCACAAUCCGUCGCACGGGAGGUUCCGGCGAGUUUAUCGAAGAGUGAUGGCUUUCCGAAGCAGAGUAAGGGAUUGGAGAAGGGCGCGAUCGCUUUGUGGAAUCGAUAUGUGGAAUGGCUGUACCAGCACAAGGAGUUGGGGUUUGUCAUUGAUGUAAGCCGGAUUGCUUUUACGGAAGAGUUUUUUGAGCAGAUGGAGCCGAAGUUGCAGGCUGCUUUCAAGGCGAUGCGGGAGCUCGAAAAGGGCGCAAUUUCCAAUCCUGACGAGGGGCGGAUGGUUGGUCAUUACUGGCUUCGCAACUCUCAGCUUGGUCCUAAAUCUGUUCUUCGCUCCCAGAUUGACAACACGCUCGAUGCUAUCUGCAAUUUCGCCGACGAUGUAAUCGGUGGUAAGAUCAAGCCCCCAUCAUCUCCAGAGGGCCACUUUACUCAUGUGCUUUCUGUGGGAAUUGGUGGUUCAGCUUUGGGACCACAGUUUGUUGCAGAGGCUUUGGCUCCUGAUAAUCCUCCUCUCAAGAUAAGAUUUAUAGAUAAUACAGAUCCAGCUGGAAUUGAUCAUCAAAUUGCACAGCUUGGACCAGAAUUGGCAUCAACGCUUGUGGUAGUAACUUCCAAGAGUGGAGGUACACCUGAAACUCGAAAUGGUCUGCUGGAAGUGCAAAAGGCAUUCCGAGAUGCUGGCCUUGAUUUCUCAAAACAGGGUGUUGCUAUUACACAAGAAAAUUCAUUGUUGGAUAAUACAGCAAGAUUAGAGGGUUGGGUAGCAAGAUUUCCAAUGUUUGACUGGGUGGGAGGUAGAACUUCUGUAAUGUCUGCUGUUGGUCUGCUUCCAGCGGCACUCCAGGGAAUUAAUAUUAGAGAAAUGCUUGCUGGUGCAGCACUGAUGGAUGAGGCAACCAGGACCACUGUGGUGAAGAAUAACCCUGCAGCUUUGCUGUCUUUAUGCUGGUAUUGGGCUUCCGAUGGAGUGGGAUCCAAGGAUAUGGUUGUACUUCCUUAUAAGGAUAGCCUGUUACUGUUUAGUAGGUAUUUGCAGCAGUUGGUCAUGGAAUCACUUGGAAAGGAGUUUGACCUAGAUGGUAAUCGGGUGAAUCAAGGGCUUACUGUCUAUGGGAAUAAAGGGAGCACAGAUCAACAUGCCUACAUUCAACAGCUGAGAGAUGGGGUACACAACUUCUUUGUUACCUUCAUUGAAGUAUUACGUGAUCGGCCCCCUGGUCAUGAUUGGGAGCUUGAACCAGGUGUUACUUGUGGUGACUACCUGUUUGGAUUUUUACAGGGAACAAGAUCCGCUCUUUAUGCCAACAACCGUGAAUCCAUUACGGUUACAGUGCAAGAAGUGACACCUAGAACUGUGGGGGCUUUAAUAGCAUUGUAUGAACGAGCUGUUGGGUUUUAUGCAUCGUUGGUCAAUAUUAAUGCGUAUCACCAACCAGGUGUGGAAGCUGGGAAAAAGGCUGCAGGAGAAGUGUUAGCACUUCAGAAGAGGGUUUUGACUGUACUGAAUGAGGCUAGCUGCAAAGAACCUGUUGAAUCAUUAACGCUUGGAGAGAUAGCAGAUCGUUGCCAUGCUCCUGAACAAAUUGAAAUGAUUUACAAGAUUAUUGCACACAUGGCAGCAAAUGAUAGAGCACUCAUUACUGAAGGCAGUUGUGGUUCACCUCAAAGCAUCAAAGUUCUCCUUGGGGAGUGUAAUGUUGAUGUGAUGUAUGAAUAAGCUCUUUAAAAGAAACCAUUUUUCAUGGUUUGUCCUUGAGGUCACAGGAAAAGCUCCAAUGAAUGGUCUUAGCCUUAUAUUAACCCAGAACCAUGAAAUGUUGGGGCUUCUAAUUGCAUAGCUGUUGAUGUUUUUGCGUAGCGCUCUGUUCAUAAAACGGAAAUGGUUUCACUGUUGUACCGAAAAAGCACUUCAAGCUCUUCUGGGUGCAAGCAGAGGAUUUAGUUUUGGGUUGUCAUUGAUGUAACUUUUAAUCGUUGGAUAUUGCUCAUUGGCUUGUGUUGUUUACUGUCUCUGUUAACACACUUGUUUCUUUUACCAUUUCUAUUUCACA